UGCAACACUGCCAUCUAUGGAUACGGUUACGUUCCUCUCACUGUUUAUCCCGCAUCACGUUGCUGCCUGUGUGCGUCCGUACGCCGCCGCCUGGACGCGCCUGUCAUCUGGAGGAAACUCCUCCCCGCAGACAGCGCGUCCUGUCGCUUUUCCAGCGAAAUGGUCUCCUGGCUCAUCUCUAGACUUGUGGUACUUGUGUUUGGUACACUGUAUCCUGCAUACUCAUCGUAUAAAGCCGUCAAGUCGAAAGAUGUGAGAGAAUACGUGAAAUGGAUGAUGUACUGGAUAAUAUUUGCCCUAUUCACUACGGUGGAAGCAUUUACAGAUAUGUUUAUAUGCUGGCUUCCUUUCUAUUAUGAGCUGAAGAUAGCCUUUGUGGUGUGGCUGUUGUCUCCAUACACCAAGGGCUCCAGUGUGCUCUACAGGAAGUUUGUCCAUCCCACGCUUUCCUCAAAAGAGAAGGACAUUGAUGACUAUAUCUGCCAAGCAAAGGACAAAAGCUAUGACACCCUGGUGCAUUUUGGGAGAAAAGGACUGAAUGUUGCAGCCACAGCUGCAGUCAUGGCUGCAACAAAGGGCCAAGGAGUUCUCUCAGACAGACUAAGGAGCUUCAGCAUGCAGGACCUGUCUUCCUACCAGUCUGAGGAUGAUAACACCGGGCCCGACUCCGCACAGCCUACAGCGGCACAGCACCGGACCAGGACCAUGAUGCGCAGCAAGUCGGAGAGCUACAACAAAGGGCAGGAUUUUGACAUGACUGAGUAUGAGGUGUUGGGCCUGGACCAGUGGGACUCCAAGGGGUUUCCGUCCCAGACCAUUUCGGCCUCUGGGUCCGAGUCCACGCCCGUUACGGCCUCUGUGACGCCCCAGUCCACCCCACCCUCCACCCCAUCCACGCCCUCCACACCCUCUCCACCCCCUCCACCUCCCGCUCCCGAAGCUCCGGAGCCCCCCCAGGAGGUGGCAAAAGCUCCUUCGAGCUCUCCGCAGGUCAGGCUGAGUAAGAGGAAGGCUCCUGAGCCUCCUCUUAGAGUCUCACGGCCUCUCACAAGAUCCAGGAGUGCUCUUUCUUCGAACAAUGAAGCCAUGUGAAACUGUCCUCACGACUCCUCCAGCUGCCUUUGCUGCAAGAAUUAAAUAUACUGAAUGGCCAAAAGCUACAUGACUGAAGCAGCCUUGCUUUGGAAUAAGGUAUUACCAAAGUGACCUAUGAUGAUCCCUCUAUAUAAAAUAUAUAUAGCCAGAGGCUCAUAAUUAAAAAAAAAAACAAAAAAACAUUAGGUUUGUGACACUGAGAUAAGACAAAUGAGUGAAUGGGCUCCAUGCUGAUAAGACACUUUUAGUUUGUGGGUUAUUGAACAUGUAUUUAUGUACAGUUUGCGUGUACUUCAUCUUUAUGAUUUGUUUUUAUAUGUCAUGGACUGGGUAGGAAAUUGCAUGUGUGUCUCAUUCCCACUCAUUAGUCCGCUGUACAUUGUACAGAAUGUACCGUCACUGGAGACUACAGCUGGCACUGAGAGUGACACGCUGUCUUUGAGAGAAUGUGAUAAAAGCCAAGGAUCAAAAGAAAAAAGCAAGGCUGUUUUUAACUCUAUUCAUUCGGGCCCGGGGGACGCAUUUCUGCACUACCCACUCAAACAUUUAAGCAUAACAGCCUGUAUUUGUAGUCAUGAAAUGUCAGAUAGCAGCGACAGACACUACUCUGUCAUUUACCUCUCUCUGCAAGCCUUAAAGAAAGACACAGUGGAGGCACAUAUGUCUCUACGGGUGGUAUUUUCAACAAAAUGUUCACACCAAUCAUUUUUGCACUAUACUUAGGAUAUAAAUGACUGCCCUGGACACUCUGGAAUGGCCAAAAAUUAGAUCAAACGCAUAAAUAGCUGUUAUCAUCAAUCAUUUUAGAAUUAAUUAUGUAUUUCUGCUGUGGGUAGAAAAAAGAAUUUAAAAAAUCCUUGUUUGACAAGGUGUAACAUCUCUAUCACAGAUUGAAUAAGUCACUAUUUAAGUGGAGCAGACUGUUUUGACAAUCUACCAUUCAGUUUCUAAGCUUGUUUUGUCGUUUAUUUCGCAAAUUAUUAUUAUUAUUAAUAAAAGCUAAUGACGAUAGGAAGAAGUCACUUUCAUCUGUAGCAGAAAUAGGAUCCUACAUGAGUAAAUGUUAAUGUAUAUAAACAUGGUUCUUAUUUUCCAUGUUUCAAAACACUGUGUAAUGUUCUAACUGAGCAAAAGAAAACCCAGCGCUCUCAUCUUUAUUCGCUUCUGCUUUUUUUUUUUUUUUUUUUCCUGAGUGACUAUAUUGGUUUGCAGGUAUACAAACUUAGAUUUAAUGGUGCGUGGUGAUGCAUUGUAUGUUUUCAUCCUGUACUUCAAUUCACUGAGCCUGAACCUUGGCAAUGUUCUUACACUAAACGUCACCUAGUGUUUGGCCGGUAAAGGGCGGAUUUACAGCUUACAGUUUUCAUCACUGUGUCUGUGUCAUUUACUGUGGGGGUGAAGUUUGAAACAAAAGCUUCUCAGGUACAACUGUUCUGUUUACACGUCAUUCACUCUGAUGUUGUAGAUACACUUAUUAUGCACAUGAAAUGUCCUUUUGAUGGAUAAACGGUGAAAAAAAAAAGAAAAACGUGCGUGUUUCAGCAUUAGUGGUAUCAGUGUUUGUGUUGGAGGUGAUUUCCUUCAAUUAGAAUCCAUGCAAAAGUAAAACUGAGAAAAAUAAAUGUUGCUAUACUUGUGCAUAGAUUGAUAAACUCAUGGCUGCAUGACGUUUGUUGUUCAUUUGUAUGAAAAUCUGAUUUCUUAAGUGGUUUUGUGUGAAGCCGUUUGCCCUCGCUGGUAAACAAUGAACUCUUUUCUUUUACUUUCGGCUCCUCCACAGCAAAGAAAUGUUGGAACCAUCAGUUGGCAUACAAAUAACAUGUCUUAUUUACUGGUAAAUUGACCGUUGUAAGGCUUCAUUCAUGAUGACAAACCACUUAAAUUACUAACUUAUCCUAAGAUUUUUUUCUGGCAGGCCAGAAUGUCAAAUCACUUCAGUUUCAACUUGUGAAGAAUUAUAAAACAAAAAAAGCAGUGAUGUGAUGAAUUCAUGGUUUAUGACUAUCAGUUUAUUGUUCUGCUAGUUUAAAUAUUUCUGUUGGUUAAAUCAAUUUACAGUUAUUAAAUAUGAAGCAAACCUUUGA